AUGGUGCCCCAUGUAUUAACCCUGGAAUCAAGGGAGUCUGAAAGUGUAAAUUCUCGCAUCUUGUCCCUCAUUAAUGCAAAUCCAUUUGGUACAACCACAGAUCCAAUUCAGGUUAGAGGUUCAACUUAUACAUCGGCAAUUACAAUUAUUAAUCAAACAAUUUAUUCAUUAUCGCUGAAGAUUUUCAGUUUUGAAACCGUUGGAGCAGAAAACUUGAUUGACUCUUAUAUCCAAUUAUGGCUACACAAAGAACAAACAAAUGCUUUUGGGAUUGUUCCGUUUUACUAUAAGUUCGAGGUUAGAUCUGGUGCCGCGAAUGCUAUUUUGGGUUACUUCAAAAAAAACGGAACAAGUGGACAACCGGUCUCUGCUCUUUUGGGAGCUAAUGGUCUUGAUUAUAUGAGGAAUUCCUUAUCAGGUCAAAGAGCGCCAUUAGCUUUAAAUGUAUCUGCUAUUGAUUUUAUGGAUUCUUUCUUAGUAUCAAACUAUGGUCGCGCAUUGAGUGUCGGUAGGGAAUUGAACUUUCCGGUGUUUACUCCAGUAGAGUCUGGUGUUGAGAUGCAGCAUUUAGCCAUCUUGAACCACUUUUUAGCAUUUUCCAAAGGCAGUCCAUCUAUGUUCUUAUUUGACGGUGUUGAUGCUGCCAAAACUUUUAGGAAAUUUAACAACUUGUUGUCUGUUGAAGAGAUUGGGGAAAUCUACCAGAGACUUUUAGAUUCAACCAAUGGCGAUGUAACUGUGAAUGGUGCUUUAGCCUUGUUGAACAGUGUUACUGGGAAAAAUUAUUCUCAGUUUGAGUAUGUUGGUGAUGAAAAUGUAAAGACUGUAUUUGUUGUGUAUGGGACAUUCCAAAGUGAGCAGUGGAGCAGUAUUGCUAGGAAUGAGACUGAGAUUGGAUUGGUCAAGGUUAGAGUGCCUUCACCAUUUGAUCAAAACAAGUUUUUGCAGAGUAUUCCAAAAUCUGCUAAAAAAGUUGUGGUUCUUAGUUCAAAUGACAAUUUGAUAGCAGAUAUUAGCGCAUCAUUAUUCUUGAGCAAAAGGGCUAAUUCUUUGUCAAUUGAGGAAUUCAAGUAUCCACUUGAUUUCAUUUGGACUCCAAUCACGAUUACCAAAAUUUUGACUCAAUAUCAUGAUGUUGAUGUUGAAAAGAUUUUGGGAACUUCUAGACCCAAGGAUGAGAUCAUUACAGCUAACUCUUCACCAGAAGGAAAGUACUUAUUUUGGAGUAGAGAUAACUCUACGUUAACGGAAACUGCUGAUAAAUUAGCUUUAGCGUUGUCUUUGGACAACACCAAAAACGUGUCAAUUAGAAACAAAUUUGACAAUUCAAGAUCUGGAGGUGUUUUUCAAUCUCAAAUUGUUUCAACUUCAGGUUCUUUUUGUGCAGUCGACGCGGCGGAUGUGGUGGUUAUUGAAAAUUUGUCACUUUUGAACUCUUAUGACAUUUUGGCAACUGUUAAGCCAGGGGGCACCGUCAUCUAUAUCAAUCAGAAACAUAAAAUUGAUCCUGAAAAGCUUUCUUUUGAGUUUAAGAAAUCUUUGGCUUUAAAUCACAAUAAAUUGAUUGCUGUUGACUUCACAGUUGUUGAGGCUUUAGAUGAAACCAAUAAUGCUACAAUAGGAAUGACUUCUGAAUUUUUAUUGCAGUUGUCAUUUUGGAGAGCUGCAUUACCGGAAUUGGGGGCAUUUAUUGUUAACAAAUUGUUACAAGCCAAUGGAGGCUCAUUUGAAUUGUUGGCAACUGUUUUGGAUAACUUUAUCAAAGCUGUGGAUGAGAAGAAUGCAAUUGUAAAUAUCGAGGUUUCUCCUGAAUGGGCUGAUCUAGAAGAGCCCAAAUCUGAAGCCGAGGUUGAGGAUAAAGAGUCCACAAGCCCUGAGAAGACAAAGGCCAAUAAACAAGAGACUAAACUACUUCCAUUCUUUAUCACUGAAAAUUCGUUAUAUCCUAAUCCAAGAACACCAACUGAACAAGCUGAAGAGGUGAGCAGCGCCGCUCACAAGAAUCUUGCUCAAAGACUUGUAUUUUCUGAAGCGUUUAACGUUUCACAGGACUUGCGUCCCGACUUACCCGUUAGAAACUUUGUUGUCAAAGUUCAAGAAAACAAAAGAUUAACACCAAAGGAAUACUCUAGGAAUAUUUUUCACAUUGAGUUUGAUACUACUGGUACUGGAUUAAAAUACGAAAUUGGUGAAGCAUUAGGUAUUCAUGGAAGAAACAACUCUAAUGAAGUUGAAAGGUUCCUCAACUUUUACGGAGUUGAUGGAAAUUCUCUUGUUGAAGUUACUAAUAAAGAAGACGCAAAGCUUUUAGAAAUUAGAUCAGCUAGACAAAUCUUGAGUGAAUCGAUUGAUUUUUUGGGUAAACCUCCGAAAAGAUUCUAUGACUCCUUAGCUGAGUUUGCAACUGACGUAAAAGAGAAGGAACAUUUACAAAAAUUGGCAAGUGCUGAAGGUGCUGAAGAGUUGAAAAAGAGACAAGAAAUCGACUUUAAUAGUUACUUUGAUAUCUUGCAAGAGUUCAAAUCUGCAAGACCAAAAUUCCCGGAUUUGGUUAAAAUCAUUGCCCCCUUAAAGAGAAGAGAAUACUCUAUUGCUUCAUCUCAAAAGAUUCACCCUAAUGCUAUUCAUUUACUUGUUGUUGUUGUUGAUUGGGUUGAUUCAAAAGGUAGAUUGAGGUAUGGUCACUGUUCGAAGUAUUUAUCUGAUUUGAAGAUUGGUGAUGAGUUGGUUGUUAGUGUCAAACCCUCCGUUAUGAAGUUGCCACCGUUGUCCACCCAGCCAAUUGUUAUGUCUGGUUUAGGAACUGGUUUAGCUCCAUUCAAAGCUUUUGUUGAAGAGAAGAUCUGGCAACAACAACAAGGCAUGGAAAUUGGUGAUAUCUACUUGUACAUGGGUUCCAGACACAAGAAGGAGGAGUAUCUCUAUGGUGAGUUGUGGGAAGCCUACAAAGAUGCCGGUUUGUUAACUCAUAUUGGAGCAGCAUUUUCCAGAGAUCAACCAGAGAAGAUCUAUAUCCAAGAUAGAAUCAGGCAAACAAUGGAUGAGUUGACGAAAGCGAUCAUUGAAAAGAACGGUUCAUUCUACUUGUGUGGUCCUACCUGGCCAGUUCCCGAUAUCACUGCAUGUUUAGAAGAUAUAGUUACCAAUGGUGCAAAGCUUAAGGGAGAGGAAAUAAAAGAUGCAGCUAAGGUUGUUGAGGAUAUGAAAGAAGAAGGGAGAUACAUUUUGGAAGUGUACUAA